AUGACAGGAAGACAAACAAGCAAAGAAGAAAACAUCAAAAACACAGUUCGCUCUCGCUCUCGCUUUGAAAUGGGACAAUAUAAUGACGAUGACGAUGAUGAUGAUAUGAUGAUGAUGAUGAUGAGAUAG